AUGUAUAUGAUACCAUUAACAAAGAUCUUAAGAAAAGCCAAAGCAGGAUACACGCUAGAUGACAUCAAAGUAAACCACCUGCUUUUUAUGGAUGACCUUAAACUUUUUGCCAAGAAGUAGGUAGGAGGUAGUCUUCAGUCUUCAGCCGUGAUAUAGCAAUGGAAGUUGGUUUAAAGAAGUGCGAGGUGACAGUAUUCAAGAGGGCGAAGCUGAGAAAGACGGCGGGUUAA